GAGUUUGAUUAGGGAGAAACCGGAGCAAGUGCUUAUUUCACGAGGGAACAUGUAGAGGGGAAGCACAUAGACAGAGGCAACAGCAGCAGCAGAGACACAAGUGAAACUUUUACAUCAGCACACUUGAACCGCGCCAGGCUCAAGGGGACUGGAUUGUUUUAUGCGUGGAGAUUGCGUAUUAUUCCACGGGGAUCUAGAUAACUUGAACUGCGAGUUGCAAUUCUAUUUGAGCAUCUACAGAGAUUAUAGAGGUGAAAGGAACAUGGCGAGGGGGGUGAAGAGAGCUCACCCUGUUGCUUUAUUAUUUACUUUGAUGCUCUUAUUUUGGCGGGACGUUUACGCGCAGGUGUCUUUUAACGAAAUAACCGGGUUUAGUUUGAGCCCCCCGUACUUCAACCUCGCGGAGGGGUCACGGAUAUCCGCCACCGCAACUUGCGGUGAAGAUGAAGCAGGGAGACCGAGAUCUGAUUUGUACUGUAAACUUGUCGGAGGACCUACCUUUGGACUUCCUAGUCAAACGAUACAGGGACAGUAUUGUGACAGAUGCAACUCCAAUGAGCCAAACAAGGCCCACCCGGUGAGUAACGCCAUCGAUGGCACUGAGCGCUGGUGGCAGAGCCCGCCUCUCUCCAGGGGGCCUAUGUACAACGAGGUGAACGUCACUUUGGACCUGGGACAGCUCUUCCAUGUGGCCUACAUCCUCAUCAAGUUUGCCAACGCCCCUCGACCUGACCUAUGGGUCCUGGAGCGCUCCCUGGACCAUGGGAAAACGUAUGCUCCAUGGCAGUACUUUGCACAUUCUAAAAGGGAGUGCAUUGAGAGGUUUGGCAAAGAACCAAAUGGACGCGUAGUCCGAGAUGAUGACCAGAUCUGCACCACAGAGUACUCUAAGAUCGUUCCAUUGGAGAAUGGAGAGAUUGUGGUGUCCCUGGUCAACGGUCGCCCGGGCUCUAAGAACUUCACCUAUUCUCCGGUGCUGAGAGAUUUCACCAAGGCCACCAACAUCCGCCUGCACUUCCUCAGGACCAGCACUCUGUUGGGGCACCUAAUUACCAAGGCCCAGAGGGACCCCACUGUCACACGCAGGUAUUACUACAGCAUCAAAGACAUCAGUGUCGGGGGACGUUGCGUUUGUCACGGCCACGCCGAGGUGUGUGGGGGGCGUAACCAAGGCAAACCCAAUCGGCUGCAGUGCGAGUGCAAACACAACACCUGUGGUGAGUCAUGUGACCGCUGCUGUCCAGGGUUCAACCAGAAGCCAUGGCGUGCUGCUUCGACAGACAGUCCCAACGAGUGCCAACCCUGCCAGUGCCAUUCACAUGCCACUGAGUGUUAUUACGACCCAGAGGUGGAGCAGAGGAGAGCAAGUUUAGACACAUUCGGCAGGUACGACGGCGGAGGAGUGUGCAUCAACUGCCAGCACAACACAGCGGGAGCGAACUGUGAGCUUUGUGCGGAUGGAUUCUACAGACCCCAUGGAUCACCUCCAGAGUCUCACACUGGAUGCAUACCCUGCAGGUGUGAUGCCAGGACUACUGCUGGUUGUGAUAUGGGGACAGGACGUUGCCACUGCCGGCCAGAAUUCACCGGAAACAACUGUGAACGCUGUGCAGACAGCUACUUCGGCUACCCACAGUGCAUCAGAUAUCCAAUCUACCAGCCCACCACCAAAUCUCCUGCAGGCCAUAUAGUAGAGCCCACUGCCUGUCCUGCUGGUUAUUUCGGAGCACCCAGCUGUCAACGGUGUGUGUGUGACCGCGGUGGAUCAGUGCUGGAGUUGUGUGAUGCGUCAGGGCGCUGCAUCUGUCGUGAUGGUGUGGAGGGUGAGAGAUGUGACCGCUGUCAACCAGGGCACCACUCAUUCCCUAACUGCCAAGAGUGUGUGUGCGACGGCAGUGGUUCGGUGCUGGAGAUGUGUGACGCAUCAGGGCGCUGCGUAUGUCGUGGAGGGGUGGAGGGCGAGAGAUGUGACCGCUGUCGACCAGGUUACCACUCCUUUCCUAACUGCCAAGUGUGCCGCUGUGACGGUGCAGGUGUGACUGACAGGGUCUGUGGGCCCAACGGACAGUGCCGUUGCCGUGUCAACUACUUCGGAAGUCAAUGUGACCAGUGUGCCCCUGGUUACUAUGGAUACCCUGACUGUGCCGCCUGCCAGUGUUUAGGGGAGGGUUCCUAUGACUCCAUGUGUAACCAAGUAUCAGGCCAGUGUCUGUGUCGCCCUGGGGUGGUGGGACAGCAGUGUGAUCGCUGUGCCGGGUCAGGCCUCCGCUUCCCGCAGUGUUCAGCCUCCAUCACCCAGUGUAACCCAGCAGGGUCAGAGGUCAGCACAGCAGAUCCACAAACGGGUUCCUGUGGCUGCCUGCCCAACGUGGAGGGAACACUGUGUGACAUGUGUAAACCUCUCUACUGGAACCUGGCGACAGAGAACCCCAGCGGCUGUAUAGAGUGUCGCUGUGGCGUCAAAGGCACCCUGAGUGGGGUAGGAGAAUGUCAACAGAAAAGUGGCCAGUGUUACUGCAAGCCCGACGUGUGCAGCCAUACCUGUGACACGUGCAAGGAGGGCUACUACCUGCUGCAGAAGAGGAACUAUUUUGGCUGUCAAGGCUGCCAGUGUGAUGUGGGAGGAGCCAUAGGCAGAGGGUGUGAUGAGAUGUCUGGACAGUGCCAGUGUCGGAAGAACGUAGUGGGCCGCACCUGCACUGAGCCAGUACCUAACUACUACUUCCCCAGCCUGCACCACCUGAGGUAUGAGGUGGAGGAUGGCAUCACCCCCAACGCCAGGCCCGUACGCUUCGGCUACGACCCCCAGACGUUCCCAGGAUUCAGCUGGAGAGGUUACGCCAUCAUGUCCCCAGCGCAGCCAGAGGUGAUCCUAUCGUUAGCUGUGGGUUUCCCCGGCCCCUUCCACAUAAUGGUUCGCUACGUCACCACUACCCCCCGCAGACCCACACAGGGGCGGCGGGAUAGGGGGCGAGCUCGAGCCAGGAUCUUGGUGGUGGACGAGCCUGAUUUUCACACUUGCUGUGACUGGUCAGGUCAGAGUAAGGAAGUGGUGUUUCCUUCUAGCUCCUCCCCUGCCUACCUCACGGUCCCUGGGGACGGCUUCGCUGAGCCCUUCACACUGACCCCUGGGAAAUGGAUCAUACGCAUCCAGGCAGAGGGCCUUCUACUGGACUACUUGGUGCUGCUGCCCAGUGAUUACUACGAGGCUCCCUUCCUCCAGGAGAAGAUCACCCAGCCCUGCACGUACACAUUCACCGCAGACAGAGACACAAACUGUCUGCUGUAUAAGCACAUGGCGAUGAACAGGUUCAGCUCUGUGCUGGGCUCUCAGGGUCAGUUCUCCAGCCAGUGGAGACGCAGGAGGAGACAGGCCCUCGUCCGCCGGCCAACCCCAGCCCACCCCGAGAUGGCCUCGCUCACCGGGAAACAGGCCCAGUUACAGCUGAGCCUGCGCGUGUCUCCACCCGGUCCCUACAUCCUGGUCCUGGAGUAUGCUAGCGAGGUAGACACGGUCCAGAACGUCAACCUCCUCAUCGCUGGCCAAUCAGAGAGUCAUAUCCAGGCCAGAGCCAACAUCUACAGCUGCCAUUACAGCUUCCUUUGUCGCAGUGUGGCGGUUGACGGAACCAAUCGCGCUGCAGUGUUCCAGUUUACCCACAAGGCCGAGCUUCUUCUACAGACCUCCACAGCCUCAAUGCUGCUGUAUAAAGUGUAUGCAGUGCCCGCGGAGGAGUUCUCCAUGGAGUACCUGGACCCCAAGGUGCUCUGCGUCUCUGUCCACGGACGCUUCACUGAGGACAGUCAGUACUGUGUUCCCAGCCAGUACGACAGGCCCUCCACAGCGCUGGUUCUGGACGCAGCGCGGGACGCACGCCCCUCCUCCCCACUUGCCGUCCCCCAGCAGAGGGAGAGUGAAGAGUGGAGACGAAGACGACAGUCAGGGGCUGGGGGCUUCCCUUUCCCUGGAGCCCAGAGUGAAGGGGUACUACUCAAAUCUCCCCAGACAGAGAUCCGUUUCAGUGCCAGGGUGCCAGUUCCUGGCAGGUAUGUGUUUGUGGUCCACUACUGUCAAGCUGAACACACCACCUUCCCUGUGGAGGUACGGGUGGAUGCCGGACACACGUGGGCAGGCUCUGUGAAUGCCUCUUUCUGCCCGGGGGUCUCCUGCUGCAGGGAGGUGGUCAUCGCUGAGAGGCGCAUCGCUCUGGACCUUCCCCAGCAAGACAUGGCCAUCUCUCUCAAGGUUCCAACCGGGAAGACCCUCACUCUGGAUUACAUCUUGGUGGUUCCUGAAGAUAGCUACACCCCUGAUCUCCUGAAAGAGAAGCCGUUUGAUAAGUCCUCUGAUUUCACCAGGCAGUGUGGAGGACCAAGCUUUUCUAUAGACCCCAGAACGUCCUCCCAGUUCUGCAGAGACUCAGCCCGCUCCCUGGUAGCAGCCUAUAGUGACGGGGCCCUGCCCUGCUACUGUGACAAAUCAGGGGCCACGGUGCCCACCUGUAACCCUGUAGGGGGCCAGUGUCCCUGUAGGCCCCAUGUGAUCGGUCGGCAGUGUACACGAUGUGCCACAGGAUACUAUGGCUUCCCCUACUGUAGACCAUGUGAGUGUGGCCAGCGGCUGUGCCACGAGGUGACAGGUCAGUGUAUCUGCCCGCCCCAGACAGUGAAGCCAGUCUGUGAUGUGUGUGAGAGCCAGACGUUCAGCUACCACCCUCUAGUGGGCUGUGAGGGCUGUGACUGCUCCCCCAAUGGAGUCAGGUCCAACACAGGGAGAGACUGUGACCGUGACACGGGACAGUGCACGUGUAAGCCCAGGAUCGGUGGGCGGCAGUGUGACCGGUGUGCUGCAGGGUUCUACAGGUUCCCAGACUGUGUCCCAUGUAGCUGUAACCAGGGAGGGGUCACACCUGAUAUAUGUCACCCAGACACAGGACAGUGCCUCUGCAAGAGGAACGUGCAGGGUGCCCGCUGUGAUGCCUGUAGAGACGGGUCCUUCCACUUUGACCCCUCCCACCCCAGAGGCUGCGUCAGCUGCUUCUGCUUUGGAGCCACCGACCAGUGCCAGAGCUCUGGCAAACGCAGGGGGAAGUUUAUGGACAUGCGUGGCUGGCGUCUGGAGAGGGCUGACCAGGAGGAGGUGGCAUCAGUCCUCAACCCGUCCAGUAACACUGUGGUAGCAGACGUACAGGAGUUGCCUGGCACUACCCAGCUCCUCCACUGGGUGGCGCCACCAUCCUACCUGGUAGACCGGGUGUCGUCCUAUGGGGGCUACCUCACCUACCAGGCUAAGUCCUUUGGGAUUCCCAGUGAGGGGAUGUCGCUGAUGGACCGCAGACCUGAUGUCUUGCUCAGUGGCCAGGAGAUGACCCUGGUCCACAUGUCCCCACAUACCCCUCAUCCUGACAGACUCCACCAGAGCAGAGUCCAGCUAGUAGAGGGGAAUUGGCGUCACUCCGGCACCAACCGUCCUGUGUCCAGAGAGGAUCUGAUGGAAGUCCUGGCAGGGCUGGUUGGUCUGAGGGUGCGGGCCCUCUACUUCACCCAGAGCCAGAGACUCAGCCUGGGGGAGGUGGGCCUGGAGGAGGCCACAGACACAGGGGCCGGGGGCCCUGCUAGCACCGUGGAGGAGUGUGCCUGUUCCCCUCUCUACAGAGGAGACUCCUGCCAGAAAUGUGCUCGUGGUUACUAUAGGGACGGCAGUGGGCCUUUCCUGGGUCGCUGUGUGCCCUGCUUCUGUAACGGCCUCGCCAACGAGUGUGACGACAGGACUGGGAGGUGCCUGAACUGCCAGUACAACACAGCCGGGGACAGGUGUGAGCGCUGCAAAGAGGGUUACUAUGGAGACGCUGCCCAGAGAUCAUGCCGGGUGUGCCCGUGCCCCUUUGGUGUGCCAGCUAACAGUUUUGCGGUGGGUUGCAGAGAGGUCGCUGGAGGGUUCCAGUGUGUUUGCCGACCAGGCUACGCAGGAGACCGUUGUGAACGAUGCACCCCUGGUUACCACGGUGAUCCAUUGACAACCGGAGGAAGCUGUCGGCCUUGUGACUGUGGCGGCAACGGAAACAGCUGUGACUCCAGGACUGGUGUGUGCAAGAAUGCGUUGGAGCCGGGGGACACCAACACAGACGAGCAGUGUCAAGAGUGUGACGACUGCGCCGAGACCUUACUAAACGAUCUGGGGCGUCUGGAUGAGGAGCUGGGCAGGAUUAAGACUCAGCUGGAUAACGCCAGUAUCUCCGCCUCCUCUCAGGACCGACUCAGGAUGCUGGAGAAUGCCAUCACAGAGACCAAGAGUCUGGUGAGCAAGUUCAGUUCCAGUGUGAACAGCCAGAAGCCCAAGGUUAGCCAACUGGAGCAGGACACUCUCAGUGUCAACGAGGAUAUCAGCGCUCUGAAAGAAAAGGCGGAUGACAGGGCUGCGGAUGCCCAGAAAGUGCUGAAUGAUGUGGGUAAAACCCAUCUGAGAGCUAAAGACCUGGACACUGAGGCUAGGAACCUGCUCGAGAAGAUCCUGGCCCUGCUGCUGCAGCUGAAAGAGUCUGGUUCCGGUGAUGUGGUGCCCAGUGAGAGCCUGGCUAAGAUGUUAUCCGACGCUGAACGCAUGGUGAAGGAGAUGGAGAGGAGAAACUUCAACCCCCAGAAAGACGCAGCCGACAAAGAGAGAGACGAGGCCCAGAAACUGCUGGACUACAUCAAGGCUAAUGUGACCAAGCAGUAUGAUCAGAAUGAGGCAGCAGCCAAGAGGGUGAAGGGUCUUCUGAAGGACUAUGAGGCUAAACUGAAGGACCUGGAGGAGGCGCUGAAACAGGCUGGGGACAUGGUGAAGAAAGCCAACUCACAGAACGGACUCAACUCAGAGGCACUGAAAGACAUCCUGAAACGUAUGGAGGACCUGAAGAAGGAACGGAGGAAGGUCCAGGACCAGAUAGCCAUGGCAGAAAAUCAGCUGAAGGCCACAGAGGACCUCCUGAGAAUGCUGAAGGACAGCAAGACUGAGUAUGAACAACUAGCUGCCCAACUGGACGGCGCCAGGACUGACCUCACCAAAAAGGUCAACGCCAUCUCCCAGGCCGCGGCCAAGGAGGACAUUGUGGAGCGAGCAGAGAGACACGCUGAGAACCUGGCCAAGCUGGCCAAGGAACUACAGGAUGCUGUAAGGGACUCGAGUGGCCGCUCGGAUGUGCGUGAUGCCAUGGACGCCAUUGAGGCCUACAAGAACAUCACAGAUGCGGUCAACGCUGCAGAGAAGGCAGCCAAGGAGGCCAAAGAUGCAGCUGACAAAGCCCUGAAGGAUGUGAAGAAAGAGGACCUGACAAAGAGAGCUAAGAAUCUGAAAGAAAGCGGGAACGACCUACUGAGGGAAGCCAAGGACGCAGAAAAAGAUCUCAAAGAGGCCUCUGAUGACCUCACAGCCCAGAAGAAGCGCCUGAAUGACGCAGAGAAUAAGAAGAAAGCAUUGGAGACGGACCUGCUGGAUGCCCAGGCUGAGCUGAACAACAUCCAGAGAGAUGAUAUAGGAGACAUGCUAGAUGAGGCGAAGAGGAAGGCAGCGGCUGCCAAUGACACGGCCAGCACCACCAUGGACAGACUGAACGCCAUCAGAGAGGAAGUGGACAAGUUCAACGUCAUGCCCUCCGACUCCAACCUCGGCAGCAUCAUGGACGAUGUGGACAAGUCAGUGAAGAAUCUGUUGAACAGCAUCCCGUCUCUGCAGGAUAAGAUCUCGGAGGUGGAGGAGCUCAGCUCUCAGCUCUCCCCCGUCACCAACGUCUCUGAUAACAUCAAUAGGAUCAAGGAGCUCAUCGAGCAGGCUAGAGACGCAGCCAAUAGGAUUGUGGUCCCUAUGAAGUUCAGUGGGGAGGGCCACGUGGAGCUGCGUCCCCCACGGGAUAUUGAAGACCUGAAGGCAUACACGUCCCUGUCCCUGUCCCUGCAGAGACCAGAGCUCCCCAGCAGCCGAGGGGACGGAGCACGCAGGCGGAGACAGGCCACCACGAUCACAGACACGGGUGACAUGUUCAUACUCUACCUCGGCAACCAAGACUCGUCUAAAAACUUCAUCGGCAUGGCCCUGAGGAAUAACGUGCUGUUCUGUGUGUACAAUCUGGAUGGAGAAGAGUAUGAGAUCAAGACGGACUACAUCACUAGGUCUCCCUCUGAGCCUUCCUUCUUUGACAAGGUGGACCUGCGCAGAAUUUACCAAGACGCAGAAGUGAACCUCACCAAGCUGUUCACAUCCAAUCAGCCGGACCCACCUCGGAUCAUCAGCAAGCAGGGAGAGCUGACCAGGAACCUUCUAAAUCUGGACCCUAGUGACAUUGUCUUCUAUGUCGGGGGCUACCCCUCCAACUUCAUUCCUCCAGCCUCCCUCAACUACCCCAACUAUAAGGGAUGCAUCGAGCUGUCCACCUUCAAUGACAGAUUCAUCAGCCUGUACAACUUUAAGAAUGCUGUCAAGGUCAACCUGGAGACUCCAUGCAAGAGGUAUAGCCAACCAGUGGUGUUUGAGUACUUUGAGGGGACUGGUUAUGCCAAGGUGUCCACCCAAGGUGUCAAUGUGCCCACUCUCCUCCUGGGCCAGACCAUCUCCACUCGCUCAGAGAAUGGGCUUUUCCUCUACAUUGGAAAUGAGGAGAAGUACUACAGUGUGACGUUUGAGAGAGGCUACGUUGUCAUCCAUAGUAACCUGCUCAGAGAACCAGUACAAAGCGCUACCAAAGUCUUCCCAGUGAAUUCAGACCAAGCAGAAGUGUUGAUCAUUAUUGAGUCUCAAGGAAGCCAAGAGAUAAAGAUCCGUGUAGCAGGCAAGGAGGUGGUCAAGUCUGAUGUCCAGUACACCCCAGGUGACUUCACAGACUACUACAUCGGUGGCGUACCACCAGCCCUGAGAGAAAGACACAACAUCACCGCCCAGCCACUGAAGGCCUGCAUGAACAACAUCAAGCUCAACAGCAAGUACCCCACCUUCGAGGAAAAAGUGGGCAUCAGCCGGGGCUGUCCCACGGACUUCCUGGCGUCUCGUAAAUCUGAGUUUAACGUGGGGAGUUCUCUGUCAGCUGCUCUCGAAGGCUUCAGCCUGGCAAGGGAUGUCUCAGUCUCACUGGGAUUCAGGAGCUCUGAGAAAAAUGGGCUCCUACUGCAGAACACCGAGUCGAGCGUUGGCGCCAUCGAACUUGCCUUGGUCAACGGCUAUGUGGUCCUGACGUUCAAAGACACAGCUUGGAAAUCUUUGAAAUCAAGCAAGCAGUACCAGGACGGCAAAUGGCAUUACCUGACUGCCACCAGAAGGGUGGCUUCCCAAAGUAUCGAGCUGCGGAUAGAUGACGAGGAUGUGGGAGGGCAGAUAACCUCAAGCUCCUUCAGUUCAAACCCAGACUCUGUGUUCCUGGGGAAAGACACCUUCAAAGGCUGCAUCUCCAACCUCUACCUGAGAAGGCCUAACUUUCUGUACAGAGCAGAGGACCUGAGUCAGUUCAGCUCUACAGGAGAUGUGCUGCUGGAUAAGUGUAGCUCUGACAGACCUCCACAACUGAUGCUCGACCACAACACCUCCAGGAAGGGUGGUGGUAUGGAGAUGUCAGAGGACAGUCUCUCUGUGUGUGCACACUCUGUUCUAGACAAACAUGCCUACCACAUUGGGGGCACUGUGAGUAGCCUGAGCUACAGCCUCACUCCCCAGGUGCUCCAGCCCAGACCUCAUUUCUCCCUGGACGUUAGGACCAAAUCUGCUGAGGGCCUGCUGUUCUAUGCAGCCACCAGAGGGGGGAGCUCUCACAUGGCUCUCUACCUGUCCAAGGGCAGGAUCAGGCUGUCAGUAGGCAAGGGGAAGGAGAUCUUCAACAGGGAGAAGUACAACGAUGGAAGAUGGCACUCGGUAAUAUUCAGCCUAGAAAAGAAGAGGUUCCGUUUGGUAGUGAACGGUAUUAGGGCUCAGGCUGGACAGCUGACCAGUGAUGAGGCCACGUCCAUGGAACUGAUCUGUCCUCUUUACCUGGGAAGUGCUCCUGAUUCCUUGAACACAGAACUUAAGUGGAAGCUCCUCCCAAAGCAAAGUGUGAUUGGCUGUGUGCGUAACUUCAAGAUGAAUGGCACUCCCAUGCCAGAGCCAACCACCAAUCAUGGUGCUGGCCCCUGCUUUGAAGGACAGACACAGAGUGGGGCCUACUUCUCAGGGAGAGGGGCAUAUGUCAUUAUUAAUGAUUCCUUUGUGGUGGGCUCCAGCUUUGAGGUGGUGUUUGACAUCCGUCCCAGGAGUCUGACUGGUGUUCUGCUCCAUGUGGGGGACUCCAGCAGGACUCGCCGUGGGCCCAACACUGGACACCACCUCAGCCUCUACAUGCACAGAGGAGAGGUGGUGGCACGUGUGAACAACGGAGCUGGUGAAUUCAGUGUUUCCGUUCGGCCCAAGCAGCCCUUGUGUGAUGGAAUGUUCCACAGAGUUGCAGUGAUCAAGAGGAACAACGUUGUGGAGAUGCAUGUGGACACUGAGGGCGACCACAAAAUAGGACCUCCUUCCUCCUCCCCCACUCUGACCAAAGACCCACUUUAUGUGGGCGGCAUUCCAGAAACGUCCAUGCACCCAUCCCUCCCAGUCACAGGGUCCUUUGAGGGCUGCAUCCAGAACAUGAAGAUCAAUGAGGACCCGAUCUCCUUCGAGAGGCUCUCUGGGGUAUUCGGGCCACUCAACCUCAGAGAGUGUCCAGCUGGCUGAGUAGAAUCUACUCCAUGACCACAUCCUGGGACCACAUCCACUCUCCACUAGCCGCUGCGUGCAAUCUGUUCCAAAAACAGAGAAUGUGUAUGUAUGUGUGUGAGAGAUAGUGUUGAGUGUCUGUGUGAGAGAGAGAGAGAAGUGUGUGUGUAUGCGUGCAUGUGUGUCACAAGGAUAGUAAAACGAGGACCAUUUGGACAAGUGGGGGACAUUUUGACAGUCCCCACGAGGAAAAAUGCUAUUUUAGGCUCAGGGGUUAGGUUUAGGGUUAUAAUUAAAUUUAGGGUUAGUGGUUAAUUAAGGUUAGGAGUUAGGUACAGUUUUAGGGUUUGGGGUUAGGGCUAGAUUUAGGGGCUAAGGAAAAUAGUAUUUUGGAGGGGAAUCAUUUUUUUGGUCCCCACGAGGAUAGCAAUACGAAACUGAGAGCUAGAGAGAUAAAAUAAUAAAAGAAAACAUUUGUAGAGCACAUACGGUCUGCGAAUCGUCGCCUCUUUCUACAGCAGAUGCACAAUACAAGGAACUGGGAUAAUUUGAGGAGCUAGCCAUCGUUCACACAUACAAUAGCCUGCUAAUUCCUUAGCUAGCUAUUGUAACGACCCUGGGUUUAUAAGCGCGGAAAUCGACCCUGCCGCACGAGCAUGCUUUUGCCGCACAGUCGAUAGCGCGCCGGAGCUCGGGCUCGAAGGUCGAGGAUUCGAGACCUGCUCCCUGCUGUUUCAUUACACUAUUAACCACAUGUUGAAUUCAGAAUGUUAAUAUCAUCCUAAAAAGAACAAUUACAUCUUAACAAUACCAUCCACUUAUGAGUAACCUCUAAAUAUACAACAUUAUUCAUGAACAAAACACUGUAUGACUUUGUGCUUAAACGAAUCAAACUUUUCUGAAGGCGACAGAAAAAGCCUGCCUACCUCUCAUAGUGCAUCAAAAUGAUUUGAGCACGCAGGGCAAAACGUAAGUACACACUCCCCUACUCCCAGGAUGCAGGAAUGCAUAAUAACAAAUCAACAUGACAUAUUAAUAUAUAAACCUGGUGAAAUUCACACAGUACUUGAAAAACUGUUACAUAGGCAUGGAUAAUCCUCCAAACACCGGCUUCGAGGGCAUUAUCAAUUUUAUACAACGGGUUACGAACAUAUUCAAAUAACGAUUGACAUAUUUUCAUAAAUGCGUAAUUUUUAUUUAUUUAUUCAUACUGUUUCAUCCUUCCACAAGAUAUAGCCCGGACACAAAUCUAGGGUUGCCACCCAAUCCGGCUGGUUGUUCAUUCUAUUGGUUUGGUUGCCAGAGUCGCGACCCAGUCAUUCCUUCUAAAUGUUCCAUUGCCAUACUGACGGGCAACGUUCUUAUCCCUUGCUUGCUAGCUAGCCAACUACGGCUAACUUACAGUCACGUCAAAUAGUGGAGCCAGAAUAACAGCAAAGUAGCUGCAUUUUUGCAUUUGUUUAAUCUGUUUUGUAGUGACAUUUAUUUCGCCUGGCAUAGAAAAGGCGCUCACUCGUCAGGACACUGUUGUUCAGAGGAGCUAGCCAACAACACAGCUACAGUAACACAAUCACUUCAAAUUGAAGCUGGAAAGACCGCAAACUACAGUAACUGCUCUUCGUUUCUUCUUACCUUUUUCCAAUUGACACCGGCUGGAAUGCACCUUUAACCACCAUUCUGGAUUAGACCCACCCUUGUAUAAUUAACAAUACGGCCCGAGGGGGUGUGGUAUAUGGUCAAUAUAGAAUGCUAAGGGCUGUUCUUAGGCUAGAUGCAAAGCCUGGACACAGCCCUUAGCCGUGAUAUAUUAGCCAUAUACUACAAACCCCCAAGGUGCCUUAUUGCUAUUAUAAACUGGUUACCAACAUAAUUAUACCAGGAAAAACAAACGUUUUGACAUACCCGUGGUAUAAGGUCUGAUAUACCACGACUGUCAGCCAAUCAGAAUUCAGGGUUUCAACCACCCAGUUUAUAAUAUUCAAUAACCUAUUAAUUGCAUUAAUUCUUGCACCGUGCGAUCAAUUAUUAGUUCUAAACAUACCUUUUUCUUCUCUGCUAAUUAUCAUUUUUUUUCCGGGCACAUAGUACAGACAGUUGGUGCUUGGUGGUUGGAGCAUGUUGCUGAACCGGAGGGUUGUGUACUUCUUAGGUAUAGGCGUUCCAUCAACGGGACAUUUGUAAAUCAUGUAUCAAAUCGCCGUGUAUCAUGAUCGCACAUUUAGAGAAACAACAAAUGUCGGUACAUAUAAGUGUCUUAUAUCGGCUGAAAGCUUAAAUUAUUAUUAAUAUAACUGUCCAAUUUACAGUAGCUAUUACUGCGAACAAAUGCCAUGCUAUUGUUUGAGGAGAGCUCCUAACAACAAAACACCUUUUCACCGCGAUAGGUUUGAUAAAUUCACAUCUGAAGGUGAAAUGUGUACUUACAAUUUGAAAUCUUGCUCUGAUUUAUCAUCCCAAGGGUCCCAGGGAUAACAUGAAGUGUAGUUUUGUUAGAUAAAGUCAUUUUUCAUAUCCUAAAAAGGUCCAUAUAGCAUGCACGAUUGAUUUUGUAUUUCCACUCGCUCAAUUUGAAAAGAUAGGAAUCUGUGAAAAUGUAACCCUAAACGUUGUUUCAACCAGUCAAAUUACAUUCGUACGUUCGCCUCCCGGGUGGCACAGUGGUCUAGGGCACUGCAUCGCAGUGUGCCACUAGAGACUCUGGGUUGGCGCCCAGGCUCUGUCGCAGCCGGCUUCCAGGUUAGAUGCGCGCCCUUCGUGUCUCCCAAGCCCGUACGGGAGUUGUAGCAAUGAGACAAGAUAGUAACUACUAACAAUUGGAUACCACGAAAUUGGGGAGAAAAGGGGGUAAAUUCAAAUAAAAUAAAUUAAGUUUGUAUUUAUUCCUCAGAGGUCCUAGAACGUAACCAGACUUCACUAUAUUAUAUCCUAUAGGACACCAAAUGUGGUCAGAGAGCGACGCCUCCAUGGCGAUGACACGGAUGGUCUUCUCUUGAUUGACUGUAACUUUGUCAAAUAAGCACCAAUCGGGGUCAAUCAAAGCUAGCUAGAUAGCCAAUGAGCCAACCCUGUAUCUGUUAAACAAUUUCGCUGCUCUCCUUGUGCGACAGCAAGCCUUUUCUUUUUGGACAAAAACUGCAAGAAUAUGGGGACUUAUGAAGUUAUGAAAACUGGGUGUUUUGCCAAUUGUGAACUUACAAUAUGGCUACUAAUACUGGAAAAACUAAAUCAAAGUCCAAUUAUACAGAUUUGACGAUAUUACUGCAGAAAAAUGUAAUAUAAAUGUAAACGUCCACGAUUUGCCCAAAUGUACCUGGGUGGCUUCACACUAAAUGUAACGUAGCUUGCUCAUACUUCAAGUUAUUAGUCUAAAACUUUGUACAUACACUGCUGCCCUCUUGUGGACACCAUCGGAAUUACAACCAGAGUGAUGGCUAGAUUUGGGACCUUUCUGUUGCAUUUCAAAGAUGGUGGUAGAAUCAUUUUUUUUAAACGGUUGUUUUUUUAUUUGUAUUUUCUUAUACCAGAUCUAUUGUGUUAUAUUCUCCUACAUUCAAUUCACAUUUCCACAAACUUCAAAGUGUUUCCAUUCAAAUGGUACCAAGAAUAUACAUAUCCUUGCUUCAGGGCCUGAGUUACAGGCAGUUAGAUUUGGGUAUGUCAUUUUAAGCGAAAAUUGAAAAAAAAGGGUCUAUCCAUUAAACCUGUUGUAGGACUCUUUGCGGCCAGCAGGUCAAACGAAUGACUAAAGUGAAACAGUCACUCAGAAAAACGAAUCAUGAUUCCUGAGUCAGUAAAACGAGUCGUUCAAAAAUAACAAAUUGUUUGCAAACUGCACGUUGUGUAUGCGUGCUUGCGCUUGCAUGCAUGUAUGUUGUGACGUACAAGCGGCACAGACAUAAUUGUAUGUUACUCUGUAUGGAAAAUGAAGAUAAAGAGAGGUGGGGCUAGUCUGUAGUGUAGUAUAUUUAUUUUGUGAUAAAUGUGUUUACUAUUACCAUCUUGUUAUUGAAUAUAUUAUGAUGUUGUAAUGCUGUACCAUGGGUUAGAAAUGUCUGUUUUUCCCCAAUUAUGCUCUUCCUUUGUAUUUCCUCAUCCCCCUUCACACUAUGGCUCCCAAGUGGCGCAGUGGUCUAAGGAACUGCAUCUCAGUGCUAGAGGCGUCACUGUAGACCCUGGUUCGAUUACAGGCUGUUAUUGGGAGUCCCAAAGGGCUGCGCACAAUUGGCCCAGCGUUGUCCAGUUUGGCUUGUCAUUGUAAAUAAGAAUUUUUAAAUAAAGGUUACAUUUUUUUUUAAAAUAAAAAUAGUAUACAAACAC